CAGUGUCAGGUGUGUGCGAAUUACAUGUGUACGUUUAUAUGAUAUUGUCAGUGGUAUGUACGGAAUUUUGUUGUUCAUUCAAGACUGAUGACAUUUAAACGGUGCGAUCGAGGCAGGAACGAUGCUUUGGAUGCUUAAUCAGCAUUAAAUCGGUGCCGGAAGGUGCCGCGGAGGCAAAGAGCAACAAUUGGGAAGAUCGCCCGGGGGCUGUCAGCGAAAACAAAAUUGCAGGUUACGCUGCUCGUACCAUGGCACAGUCGACAACAAGCGGAACUUCCUCGCGACGAUACAUGCGCGAGCACGAGGUGCCAUCCUCGUCGCGUUACGUGGACAGCGAGUGGGAAUCUAAAGAGGCCUUACGACAACGAGAGCUUGAAGAAGCAAGAGCACGAGCGGCACAAAUGGAAAAAACGAUGCGAUGGUGGUCUGAUUGUACUGCUAACUGGCGUGAGAAAUGGAGUAAAGUAAGGAACGAAAGGAAUGCGGCUAGAGAUGAGGCAAAGGCUUUGAGAGCGAAAUUAGAGAUCGCCGUUAAAGAUGCUAAUACUUUCAAGCAUGAAUCUCAAGAACUGGAACUGCAGAAUGAACAGCUAAAGAAAGAGAUGGAAAAGAUACACAUGAUACUCUUGAAACAUGCUGGGCAAUUUGAUCAACAGAUCUUUACCAUUCUGGAAUCAGAUCCGCAAUUAAGAGCUACUUUUGGAUUGGACGAACAAUUGGAGUUUUACAACAAUGUCGAUGCUAGUGAUGCGUUAGGUGCACAAAGGGAUAUGCUAUCCUGUAAAAAUUCACAUGAAGUAGCAAAUGUUGCUUCUGGAGGUCACAAUAUUCUGCCAGAAAGGGAUAUCGAGGAGUAUGUUUUGCAAGGUGCUGUGCCAAAACAUGCAGUAGAAUUGUACAAAGAGAGUCCCAGUAAUUCGCUAGAUAAAAGCAUCACGAAAUUAGUCGUAGAUAGUAAUGGCAAAAAGGAUGGAUUGGAGAAACAACAAUCACCUUUAGAUACGUAUAACGAAGAAUCUUUAACUCAGAAAAUGUCUGAGUUGCAAAUAAAAUUGGAGGAGGCAACGAAAACCAUUUCUGUGGAAAGAGAGGAAAACAAUUCUCUACAUCGGACUGUGGAAAAAUUGAAAGCUGAAGUUAGACAAUUAAGAGAGCAAUGUGAGGAAUUAUCUGAGAAUAAAGCCGAAGCAAUGAGAGAAUUAUCAGAGCUAAAAGAACGUUUCCAACUUGAACUCAGUGACGAACAUAUAGCGGAUUUAAUAGAUAAUACAAGUAAUGGAGAGAGCAUGGAUCGUCGUUUGACAGAAUUAAGGACAGAAUUAGAGAAACUUCAAGUUGAAAAUGCAGCAGAGUGGAGUAGAAGGGAGAGACUAGAAACUGAGAAGAAUUCCUUGGAACGAGAGAACAAGCUGCUCCGCUUAAAAUUAUAUGAACUGCAAGAGAGAGCAGAAUCGCGACGACCACGACCGGUAUCUACAGCUGACACAGAUACGAGACAAUUGCAACACGAGAUUCUAGUUCGCAACAUGGUGUUACUUGAAGUGAAGCAGUAUCAAGCGUCGCUGAAACAAUCCUUGGCGGAAAAAACAACGGAGUUGUCACACGCGAUGAGGCGGUCCGAGCAAUAUGAGGUGGAGGUGAAGCGAGUGAGAGCGAGAGUCGAAGAAUUGAAGAAAGAAUUGGCUGCCGCUCAAGAUGAGGUUGACGCUACUACGAACAAUGUGCGAAAACUGCAACGGACCAACGAGGAUCUCGUAGAGCAAUUGGAAUCUGCAAAUGUACAACUGGAACAUUUUAGAAAUAGCAAUAACGGGACGCGCGAAACUUCAAUAAACACUGAAUUAGACGGGGCUGAGGAGGAGUUCCAAGGUAACAAUUCCAAUGAAUACAAUGAAGAUUACGUUUACGAUGGCGAAACGGAUUCGACUAGUUCGACACUCUAACCGGACACCAAUCUCUGGCACCGCAAACGAAUGAAAGAAGAAGACCUUAUUUAUCGCCGUUGUAAUGAAUUCGCUGCUGGAGAACGCUGCCAGCAGCCUACAGUAAACUACAGGCGCAUUGCUCGGCUGGAUAAUGGAUUUGUUGGACGUUACAUACAAAUGAUAUUCUAAUUAGAAUUAAUACAGCAAAAUUCAUCACAUAAUAGGGUGAUCGCAUUGCCUGUAGCCGGCUUUUUGCGGCAAUUCCGAAUCACAGACACACGCCUUCGCUUUUGAGAACGUCCUGACGCAACGCUUGAAUCGCGACGCGUAGUUGCGUUUUUUAAGAUUCUUUCUCGAAGGCAACAAUAAACCUCACGUCGAAUGCUGCAUCGUUCUCUUCGUUAUUUUUAUAAUUAUAACAGUAAAAACUUUCCACUCGAUUAUAUAGGAGAAAAAUAUUUUUACAUCCUCGUUGAAGUUCACUAUAUUUCGCGCACCUAUCAUUCAUACGUAUUUACAUCUUACAAAGUUUGAUAGCUGCCUCGAAGAGCCUCAGAGAAUCUCAUUUAAUCCUAAAAUAAUAACACGAUGGCACUGCAAUUCAGUCCUUGAUGAUCAAUCUUGAUCGCUUAACGCCGCAUGAUAGCGAUGCUACGCGCCUUUAAAUAGAUAAGGUCACGAGUUUGGCGUUUAACAGACGCCCCCGAAAAUUUCUUUCCACGCGUUCAUCCGUACACGCCAAUUCUGUCGAAGCUAUGUCGCUGUGUCGAGUUGCUAAAACACGAUUCGAUACUUAUAUAAGGCACGACUUUACAUCAAUGUAAUUUGCGCUAAAUUAAACACGCUUACAAAUUUAACGUUA